UUAAGGAUAAAAGGAAAAGAAUAUAAAAGUUUUAAAUUAACCUUUUAAUAUAAUCAUUUACUGUAAAAGAUUUUUAUACCUAAACCUAAAGAUAUUUUAAACGUAAAUAAAUGAAAUGUAAAACUUUACUAAAACAUAUAAAUUAAUAAUAGGCGCAAUAUUUUAUGUACAUUUGUUUUUAUUUAUACUCGACAAAAAUCACAAAUUUAUGCUUGCUAUUUGGCAAAAAAGUAUAAUUUUAGAAAAAAAAAACAUACAUAUUAAGUUUUGUUAUAAAUAAUAUUUUCUAAUUAUCGAAUGCAAGUUCGCAAAAUAUUUUUAAUGGAGUAAUGACGUUCUGUUUUUGUGGGUAGAAUUUAACUUUUUUUUAGACAUUUAGGAAAAUGAUUAGAAUUAUAUUAAAGGAAAUUAUCAUAAUAACUGCUUUAACAGAAAUAGCACAAAGUCUCUUGAUUAGUAAGACGCAAAUUAAAUGUGAGUCUUAUGACCACAAACGUUGUACUAAAGAAAAUAAAUGUGAUGUUGAAGAAGUGUUGUGUCCAAAUGAUUCUGAAAAGCCUCAUGUUACCUCUAGUUGCUACGUUGUGUGGUCCCUAGACGAAUUAGGUGCUCCUGGAAAUAUUUCUAUGAAGGGUUGCUUUACUGAUAACGCUGAAUGUAAUCAACCAGAAUGUAUUGCGCGAAAUAUUAAACCAAAUGGUAUCAUAUUUUGCUGUUGUAAAGGAUCGUUUUGCAAUAGAAAUUACACAUAUAUUCCAACGCCAACAACUCCACCUAGUACUUCACCCAAAGAGCCUGCUGGAGAUAAUAAUAUUUUAUAUUUCUUGAUAGCAUUUUUGAUUUUGAUCGCUCUUAUAAUAGUUUUUUGUUUCGGAUUAUGUUUAUACCGUCGAAAAAAACAGGGUGCUUUCAAUGAAAUCCCCACGAUUGAACCAGAUGUAGCAAAUUCUUCGCCUAAUUUGGCACCCAGACCUAUUCAUUUGAUUGAAAUGAAAGCCAGAGGUCGUUUUGGUUCAGUUUGGCAUGGCCGAUUAAGAAAUCAAGAUGUUGCAGUGAAAAUAUUUUUCGCUCAAGAAAAAGAUUCUUACAAUACAGAACUCGAAAUAUUUAAGCUUCCAAGAAUGAGACACCCUAAUAUUCUGGAAUUUAUUGCUGCUGAAAAACAUUUCGAAAAGAUACCACAAGAAUAUUGGUUAAUUACAGCGUAUCAUACUUAUGGCUCAUUAUGCGAUUAUUUGAAAGCUCACACAAUUACUUGGUUUGAAUUGUGUAAAAUAGCAGAGACAAUGGCAAGAGGGUUAAUGCAUUUGCAUGAAGAAAUACCGUCGACAAAUCCAGAUAAUUAUAAACCUGCAGUCGCCCACCGAGAUUUUAAAUCAAAAAAUGUUUUAUUGAAAUCUGAUUUAACCGCUUGCAUAGCAGACUUUGGAUUAGCAAUGAUAUUUCAACCUGGACAACCGUGUGGCGAUACGCACGGUCAGGUUGGGACACGAAGAUAUAUGGCACCGGAAGUUUUGGAAGGUGCAAUUAACUUUACUAGAGAUGCAUUUUUGCGCAUUGAUGUUUAUGCUUGCGGUUUAGUUUUGUGGGAAAUGGUAUCUAGAUGUAAUAUUCAUAAUGGAUUAGUUAGUGAAUAUACACUACCAUUUGAAACUGAGUUGGGGCUUCAUCCGACCUUAAAUGAAAUGCAAGAAAAUGUUGUUAUGAAAAAAAUAAGACCCAGAAUAUGUGAAGUAUGGAGAACACAUAGUGGAUUAAGUGCAAUAUGCGAUACUAUGGAGGAGUGCUGGGAUCAUGAUGCUGAAGCAAGACUGUCGUCAUCUUGUGUUAUGGAACGCAUUUCGCAACAUACAAGAUAUCCCACAACUCCAUUAUUAAUAGAAACCAACACCGAUACAACUUUUAGAGACUCAUAAAUCUUUCAGUAAAAUUUACAAUUUAAUAAAUAACAAUAGUAUGUAAUUAUAUGAUUUUAAACUUUAAAUUGUUAAUUAAUUUGAGACUAAAUAAGUAAUUUUAGAUUAUAUAAACGUAUACAUUUAUAUGUUACAUAUAUGUGUACACAAUAUAUAUAUAUAUAUAAAUAUAUAUAUAUAUGUAUAUAUAUAUAUAUAUAUAUUCAAUUUGCGUAUUUAUAUAUGUAAGUAUUUUUAUAUACAUUCUUACAUUAUAUAUACACGAUAUUUCAUCAUGAAAAUAUAAUUUAGCCGUGAAUUAUAAACAUAAUUUAUUACGUUUAUAAGCAUAAUACUUUUUGUACAGAUAAUAUAAUAGUUUAUAUUAUAUUAAGCAAAACCCAUUUGUACAACUAACUUUGUAUUUAUAUGGUACGAUAAAUUAUAUUGUUAAUAUAAUAUAAUACACAUAUUUAUAUUUAAUGUGGCUUGCAUAGGCGGUUCUCAGAUAAAUACAUAAGUAGAACAUUCAAGUACAGAUCUUAAUAUGAUUAUUCAUAAUAUAACCAUAUUUAAUUUUAAAUAUUUUUAAAGUUUUUGCAAAAGUAGUUAUACAUAUAUAAAAAAAGCUUCAGUUGAAAUAAAAACGUAUAAAAGUUUGAAAUUUAAAGUCACAUACAUAUAUAGAAUAUAUCUAAUGUAAAGUAUACUAGGUAUAGUUUUAAAAUGAAGAUUAAGUAAGUCUUGAUUGUUUGUAAUAGUUAAAAACAAUUAUUUUCAUUUCGGAGAUUAUUGACACAGAUUUUAAUCUAUUAGGAUUAAAGAAACGUUAUAAAACUUUUUAUUGUAAUCAUUUCCUUUGAUAUGCCAUUUAAUUAUAAUUUA